GCGACUUAUAUCACUAAUAAGCUUCUCUGAACACGGAACAAAGAUGCGAUUUUUGCUUUCAGCCUCAGCGGAUGGAAAUUGAGCCGGUCUCUUCAUACUGCAGUCGCCGUUUCUCAAUGCCAUCAAUGAAACGCCCUCAGGUAUAUUUGGGGCCAGAAGUCUCAAGCGAAGAGGAUAACUCCAGCCCUUCGCCAUCGCAAAAACGCCUUCGGACAUCGAGUUCUCUUGUUUCUGGAGGCAGUGAUGAUUCAGUAAAUGAUAUCAACGAAGAGAGGAGGAAACGAUCUAUAACACAAGCUCUCGAUGACGAAGAAGAUGAACUUGAACUGCGCGCUACCCAAGUCAUCCAGGAAAAGUAUUCCUUCGCCAGUGAUGAGCCAAACCUGCCGGCCGAGCAUGGCAUACUAGAACGCGUAGAAUGUUACAAUUUUAUGUGCCAUGACCAGUUCUAUGUCGAGCUGGGGCCCCUGAUUAAUUUCAUUGUGGGCAAAAACGGCAGCGGCAAGAGUGCAGUUCUCACAGCCAUAACCCUUUGCCUAGGUGGUAAAGCAUCUGCUACCAACCGAGGUCAAAGCUUGAAAAGCUUUAUCAAGGAAGGCAAAGAGAAUGCGACGAUUGUCGUGCGAAUAAAAAACCAGGGAGAUGGCGCUUACAUGCCGGAUGACUAUGGCAAGUCUAUCGUUAUAGAGCGUCACUUUUCCAGAAAUGGCACAAGCGGGUUUAAGAUAAAAUCGGAAAGUGGACGAAUUGUUUCAACAAAAAAGGCCGAACUUGACUCCAUCAUUGACUACUUUACUUUGCAAUUUGACAACCCAAUGAAUGUUCUUUCUCAAGAUAUGGCCCGCCAAUUCCUCAGCACAUCAAGCCCCAGUGAAAAGUAUAAGUUCUUUGUCAAGGGUGUGCAACUGGAACAACUGGACCAAGAUUAUCGGCUGAUUGAGGAGUCCGGUGACCAGAUUGAGGAGAAAUUAAGAAGUAGAGAGCAGGAUAUUGUCAUCUUACAAAGUCGAAGAGAUGCAGCGAAACGGAAAUUGGAUAUAUCUGAUCAACAUGAAUCCCUGCGACAGAAGAUGAACAGUGUCCGAAGGCAAAUGGCUUGGACCCAAGUUGAGGAACAAGAGAGGGUACGGGAUUCCUUGCAGGACGAAAUUCUCAGGGCAGACAACAACAUUACGGUAGCUGAAGAUAGCUUGGGUAGCUAUGAUGUUGCUAUACAAAGGGCCGAGGGCGAAUCUGAGGCCGCUACUGAAUAUGUUCAACAAGCCACUGCCAAACUCAAUCAAGCAGAGGAUGAAAAAAACGAAGUCAAAUCGACCUGGGACGCUCAGAUGAGUGAGCGACAUGAUCUACAGGCUGAGCAACGGCAAAUCAGAGAAUAUCUCAAAGAUGCAGAAACGAGAAUUUCCAAAACGCAGCAAAAUAUCGAUAAGGAGAAUCGACGUCUAGCCGAGAUCAGCGGUGGAAGCUACUCUAGAAAGCAAGCAGAACUCGAGCAAGCAAAAGCAGAAGCCGCCCAAUUCCGUACUCAAUAUGAGGAGCACGAAAAAUAUGCCAGUUGUUUGGAUCAAGACAUUGAUAAAGCCGAAAAGGAGGUGAAGUUAGCCGCAGUGCCACUGGCCAAACUCAAGGCCGAUGUUGAAGAGGCAGAAUCAUCCUUACUGAAUAUGAACAGAAAAGGAGGGCCUCGGAGCUCAGGUUUCCAUGAAAAUAUGCCAGUUCUUCUUAACAAGAUUGAAAAGGAACAAUCCUUCUCUAGGCGUCCUGUCGGGCCUAUCGGUCAUUACGUGCGCCUGCUGAAACCUGAAUGGUCUUCCAUACUCGAGAAUUCGUUCGGCGCCACAUUGAACAGCUUUAUCGUUGCCUCAAUAAAUGACAGGGACAUUAUUUCAGAGAUAAUGAACAAGGUGAAUUGUGUUUGCCCUAUCAUCAUAGGGGGUGAUCAACGCCUUGAUACAUCAGACAAAGAGCCGGAACCUCAGUUCGUUACAGCCUUGCGGAUCCUUCAGAUCGAGGACGAGUCAGUCCGUCGACAGUUGAUUAUCAAUCAUGGCAUAGAACAGAUGCUGCUCAUUGAAAACAUAGAGGAAGCAUCCUCGGUUCUCUUCGACGGGGAGGCUCCUCGAAACGUAAAGCGGUGUUAUUGCAUUAACCAAGGAGAUAGACGCAAGGGCUUUCAUCUCUCUUAUAGCCGGUCAGGUGAGCCAAAUCACGCACCGGUUCCGGCCUACAAUGGGAGCCCUCGCAUGAAAUCUGACUUGGAAUCACAAAUAAGAGUGCAGCAGAGUGUAGUGGCAGAACUGAAGACGAAUCUCAGUCAUCAAGAACAACAAUUUCGAUCUGCCCGGACUCGAGUGGAAAGCUGCAAAAAAGCCCGUGUGAAACAUGAGCGAAGGGCCAACGAACUACGAGUUGCGCUACAACAAAAGGAAGAUCGGGUUGAAGAACUCACCGACACACUCGAUAGAGAAGCUGUCGAAGAUGGGAGCCUUGAUGUGCUACGAGCUACUCUUCGUGAGGCUGAAGAGGAGAAGAGCAUUAAUGACGGGUCUUUAAGGGACAGCGUGGAUGCUAUGAACAGAAUGGUAAAGGCAUUAAAAGCAGCCAAACAAGUGCUCUCAGCCAAAGAAGCCGAAAUCACCGUCAUAGCUGAAGAGCUAAGAGUUGCUCAGAAUGAGGAGUACAUCGCUAAAGAAAAGCGCCGAAAAAUUAUAGGUGAUAAAAAUGCAGCAAUUGAGAAAAUCAAUGACAGCAAACAGGACAGGGAAAGACUGUACAGCAAAAGAGAUGAGAUUGCGGCACGUAUUCUUGAAUACAGCGAGAAAGCGAGCAUAAUCUCCCCACGCGUUGCAAUUGAUGAAGGCGAAACUGGUGCUAGUCUGGACAAAAAGCUUGACCAUCUUGAAAACGAACUCGGACGCUACAACCAACAGCUAGGAGCGUCUCGCGACGAACUCUCUGCCGAAGUUGCGAAGACAGCUGAAUCCUAUGAUCGGGCUCUAAAGCAGGUUGAGGAGUUCAAAUUAUUGGCUGAAGUACUCAAAGCAACACUUAAGCUUCGCAAAAACCGCUGGCUCAUUUUCAGGUCACAUAUUUCAUCACGUGCAAAAGCACAAUUCACGUACCUUUUAAGUGAAAGAAGCUUUCGGGGUCGACUCUUAACCGACCAUGAGGGCAAACUCUUGGAUCUCCAAGUGGAACCUGACAUAACAAAAGACAGUGCCGGUCGUGGUGCAAGGACGCUUUCUGGUGGUGAGAAGUCGUUCUCUCAGGUUUGCCUUCUAUUGGCGUUGUGGGAGGCUAUGGGUUCUCCAAUUCGCUGCUUGGAUGAAUUUGACGUGUAUAUGGAUCAUAUCAAUAGGAAGAUGGCUAUCGAUAUGCUUAUGCUCGCUGCUAGACGAUCCAUCGGGCGGCAGUUCAUACUUAUCACACCUGGGUCAAGAGCUGAGAUCAGUCUGGCACCUGAUGUCCGAGUUAAGGAGUUAGCCGAGCCAGAGCGAGGACAGACAAGACUGCCCUUUUAACAGCAGCUUUUUAAGUGAUUGCCACGUACCUAUGUCAUUCAUUUUUCCUUUCCUGCCCUGUACUCUGUCUUUUUCUUACCACUAAUCUUCUUACGCUCCCUCUUCUUCACAUAUUCGUUUUGGACGUCUUUCUCACGUGCUAUCCUAAAAAUGUAUCAGAUCUCAGCCUGUGAUGUCUCUCGUCGUCAUUUUAUCCAGUAGAUAUUUCCCCUCCGGGUUGCGUUUGCGUUUGGGGUGUGAGAUAUAUGGGCAAUAAUAGUUAUCUGUCAAAUUACACUAUCCUGGCAUGUAAAAAUCG